CCGCCGCCCCGCCGGGGAUGCCGCCGCCCGCCGGGCCCUGAGCGCCGGGACGCCGGCGGCCGCCGGCCCCGCUCUGCUCCGACCCCACCGGGAAGAUGGAGGCUGUGGAAGCCACCACCCUUCAGCAGGAGCGGCUCCAGGCCAUCGCGGAGAAGCGGAAACGUCAGACAGAGAUCGAGAACAAAAGGCGGCAGCUGGAGGAUGACAGGCGGCAGCUCCAGCAUCUCAAGUCCAAGGCGCUGCGGGAGAGAUGGCUGCUGGAGGGGGCCCCGGCCUCCGGCUCCGAGGAGGAUGAGGCCAUGAAAAAGCAGAUGCAGGAGGAUGAGGUGAAGACCAAGGAGCUGGAGGAGACCAUCCAGAGGCUGGAGAAGGAGCUGGAGACACUGGAGAACAGCAGCUCAGCAGCUUCCACCAAGGAGAACCUGGUGGAGGUGGCAGCACUGGCCAAGGAGGAGAAGACUGAGGCUGUCCCCAACACACAGAAGAGUCCCCUGGGCACAGUCAAGGCUGAGAAGAAAGUCUCCAGCAGCCCCAUGAAGGUGAUGGAGGGCACUGACAUGCUGAAGGCAGCCAUGUACUCGGUGGAGAUCACGGUGGAGAAGGACAGAGUGACUGGGGAGACCAAGGUCCUGUCCAGCACCACACUGCUCCCCCAGACCCACUGUCCACAGGGGGUCAAAGUGUACGAGGAUGAGCUGAAAGUGGUGCAUGCAGUGGGCGCCGAGGACGGGGUCCUGCAGAACGGAGCCCACCCCCUCAGCUCCUCCGAGGUUGACGAGCUCCUGCACAAGGCGGACGAGGCUACCCUGAGCGAAGCUGCCGGGCGUGAGACCCCGGCCAAGGCCGGCAAGGAGCCCGGCAGUACCCCGGGCAGCCAGAAGCCAACGCCGCGGCGGGAAAUCACGGGGCUGCAAGCCAAGGCACGGGAAAGCAGCACGGCACCGGGCGAGGGGACGGAGCCAAGCCGGGAGCAGCCCGUCACCAUGAUCUUCAUGGGCUACCAGAACGUGGAGGACGAGGAUGAGACCAAGAAGGUGCUGGGGCUGGAGGGCACCAUCAAGGCCGAGCUGGUGGUGAUCGAGGAUGCCGAGAGCAAGCCGGAGCUGGCGCGUAAGGACCACGCUCCACCCAACGGCACGGCGCUGGAGCCCGUGGCUGCCCCGGCACCGGCAGAGGAGACCCCGGGUGGGCAGAAGCCAAGCGGCAACGCCGCGGACACCAAGGAGGCCGAGCAGGAGACAGACACGAAGAAGCAGCGCUGCAAGUGCUGCACGGUGAUGUGAGCCCCACCGACUGCCCCCGCCGAGACCCCUCCGCCCCGGCCCCCCGCUAGCCAGGCCCACCGUCCCGGCAUGCCGGGCUCCCUCCCCCACCGGACAUGGACCCUCCUUCUGCAGAACUGGGGAAAUCCAACACGGCCGCAGGCAGCAGUGAACCACGGCUCCCCUCACCCCAUCUGCCUGCGCCCACCCCACCAGCGCUGCCGCUCGUAUUUAUUAGAGACACCCUCACCCCACGGGCUGCCCACCCCUGCCCUGUGCUGGAGCCCUCAUGCAGCCGAUGCUGGAGCCUUUCCCUCCUCUCACCGGCAACUUCCCACCCUCCCUCGGGACAGAGCCGGCCAGGCCGGGGAUCGGAGGACUCCGCUGUGUCUGUAGAGGACUCCCGGGGCGCCGGCGGUCAGUGGGACCCAUGCCUGGCCCAGCCGGUGGCAGGCACGGGGCCAGUCCCUCUCCACACCUCCAUCAUCCGCUUGUCCUGCGGGAAACGGCCCUGGGCUGUCCCUCCCCGGCUGUCCACAGAUGUCCCCUCUCCAUCCUGUGCCCCCCGGGCUCCCCAAGCCGUGAGCCCCUUGGGGAUGGAGCACAUCAGGGUGAGGGAAGGGCCUUGAGGGCAGUGCUCCCCUCUUGGUGCUCAGCCACCGUCAGGAGCUCAAAGGGAGACGUGGGCCACACGUGCUCCGUGGGGUCAGCCCCAGCCUGUCCCCAUGGCUGCGAGUGGGAGACCCUGCCCGGCCCCCCGUGUGGGACCCAGCACCCAGGCUCUGGCACUGGUGGCUGCCACAGGCUCUGGCACGGCCGUUCCUCCUCUCAGCUGCCACAACAGCAUCACGGGCUCUGCCAGCCGAGGGGGCUGGAUGGGGCUGGGCGGGGCUGGGCCGGGCCAGGUUUCCCUGUCCUCGGGUGAUGUGGGUGGCAGUGGCAGUGAGGCGGGGGGAGCUGGGGCCUCCCCUGUGCCUGCGGUCACAGCUUUGCAGAGCUGCUUUUUGGGACCCCAGGCUGCAGCAUCGGGUCCCCCCAGGUGAGUGGGGCAGCCCAGGUCACCCCCAGCAUUGGGACUGGGAGUUGCUGAGGGUCCAGUGGCCCAGGGAGGGUGUCCCCAUGACACUGUGUCCAUUCCAGGACUGCCAGCAUCUUCCCCGCUCCCCCACCCCAUGUCCUGGCCCUUCAGCCGGGGUUUCACCACCAGCACCAGCGUUUCGUCCCCACUGAGACCCUCCGGGGCAGCGGGGAGUGCGGGGACCCCUCAGUAGGACCCGUGGGUGCUGAGCCCUGCUCAAACCCUGGGUGCUUCUGCCGCAGCAGCUGGCACAUCUCCCCCCAUUGCCCUCCCUUCCCCCCAGCCCCUUUCGUGUGAGCCGUGACCCCCACCCGGGACAUCCCAGUUGCCCUCAGUUACCACCCGGGCUUCAGUUCUCCCUCCAGGGCAGGGACAGGGAUGGGUGGGGGAUGCAGGGGGGGGGGGGGCUGGCAGUGCUGCCUUGCCAGCCCACCCCCCACCCCCGGGGGAGGGGGUCCAGCCCCGCCGGCACUGAGCAGAGCCCAGCACAUCCCACCCGCCCCCUCGGCAGCCCCCGCCGCCCCCUGCCCGGCCCCGCUGAAGUGCACUUCCCGCUCCUGAGCUUCUCACUUGUGCCGAAGCCGUUUGAAGUUUUCUCCCUCCCCGAACCCCCCACCCCCGUUGUUUGUAAGACCCGAACUGAGCAAAUAAACAGUG